ACAUUUUAUUAAAUAUAUGAAGUUUAGACAACAAUUAUAAUUUUGAGCUUGUAUGUCAUUGGUUAUUAGACCUUAUAGUAUUUUAGCAGAUACCUUGUCGUUCACAUAAUGGAUAUGGACAAAGAAGUACUUGAAGAAACACCUGAAUCGAGUAUGAAUUCUCAGAGUGAGAUGGACUUGGACAAUCACCAAAGCGCUGUUUUAACUAAUGCAAAGUCUGAUGAAAAUAUAUUUGAAGCUGAAAGUGUAUCAGAAUUAAAUACUGAUAGCGAUAAUAGAAUGUCCAGUAGAAGUCACUGUAGACACAUGAUGGAAGAAGAAAAUGCAUCCGCCGACGACACAAGCGUAUAUAAUAGUUUAACCACUGAAGAUUGUAUUAUGGAGUCCAAUGCAGAUUAUAUUGUAGUUACAGACGAUUUAAGACAAUUUGAUGUUUUGGAUGAUUUAGAACGCCAUCCAGAUCAAAACUGCUCUGAUAUGGACUCAGACACAAAUGAAAGUAUGGAUUCCGAUGUACCUGAUGAAGAAAUUGAGGCUAUGCUUGAAGAAGGUUUACCAGAAGAAUUUAAAGGCAAAAAAAAGGACAAGAAAGAUAGCGUCCCAUACGAAGAGAAAGAGAAACUUGUGUUGGAUGAAAUUGGCCAUAAUCAUUUUGAUGUACUUCCGGAAGGUUGGGUGCAAGUAACGCAUAACAGUGGAAUGCCUUUAUAUUUACAUAAACAGAGUAGGGUUUGUACUCUUGCAAAACCAUAUUUCCUUGGGCCUGGCAGUGUAAGAAAGCACGAAGUGCCUGUUAGCGCAAUACCUUGCCUUCAAUAUAAAAGAGCUUUGCACGAGGAAGAGGAAGAAAGAAAAAAGGAAAAAGAGCAUGAUUCAAAUGCAGAAGUUUGUAGUCUUCCUAGCGCAAAAAUUGAAACGAUUCAGGAAAAUCGAGAAGCUCAUUCAUUAGAUAGUGAACAGUUGAGAAAUUAUUGCCAAUCGCUCUUUCGUUUCAAAGCUAUUAAAGUGAUGAGAUUUCAAUCAUGGUCAGCAAGAAGGAAAUUUACGAAAAAUAAAAAACAUCGUAAGCAACUCGAACGACCGACUUUACCCGAUGGAACGAAAUUAAUAACAUUUCCAGUUAGUAGCUCUAGUUUGACGGGAAACAGUAGUGGUACUACGGGAGAUGAUAGUGGUGGGCAAAGACCACCUAAACAUUGGAUUAUGAACCCCUCUGGCAAAAGUUAUGUUUGUAUACUUCAUGAAUAUGUACAGCAUGCACUUAAAAAGCAACCAACUUAUAAGUUUAAAGAAUUAGAAAAUGCUGCAACACCAUACUCUGCUGUCGUUUGUAUCAACGAUAUGGAGUAUGGAAGCGGUUUUGGUAGCAGCAAGAAACAAGCGAAAGCUAAUGCUGCACGAAAAACCCUUGAAAUUUUAAUUCCACAAAUGAGAGAUAAAAUUUCUGGCGAUAAUGCUGGGAACACAGCUUCCGGUAGUAACAGCCGAAUGAUCAAGGCAUCCAGAACAAAUUCUGACGCGGAUCUAUCGUUCUUCGAUGAAAUAUCGAUAAACGAUCCACGUGUCGCAGAAUUUUGCGCGAAAACAACCGAACCGUCGCCGCAUGCUAUUUUAAUCACUUGUCUUCAACGAAAUUUUGGACUGGGCGAUAUGCACAUUAAACAUUCUGUGAAUACAUUGAAACACCAACGCAAUGAAUUCACAAUGCGUGUUGGGAAACACGAGGCUACCGUCGUAUGUCGUAAUAAGAAAGACGGCAAGCAACGUGCUGCACAAGCUAUUCUGCAGCUUAUGCAUCCUCAUAUUCAAUCUUGGGGUUCUUUGCUAAGAUUGUAUGGAUCUCGUAGUGUAAAAUCUUUCAAAGAAAAGAAACAACUAGAACAAGAAAUUACGCUGUUACAAGGUAAAGCCGCGGUCAAUCAACCAAAUCACGCUAUUUUAAGUAAGCUUAGGCAAGAAAUGCGCAAAUUGGCCGAACAGCGGCAAGCAAUACAGCCAAUUGGUAAGUUCGUCCCGCCAGACUUGCCGACAGGAUCCGCGGCCAAUUUGAACAACGUAGAUUUAUAGCAUACUAGUCAACUUUGUGAAUCAUACAAAUGUUAAUUUAUUUUGCAAGUUUCAAAACGACAGUUUGCCAAGCUUUAAUAUACUUUGAAUUUGUUUCAUAUUCGUUGUCUCAAAUGUAAACGCGAAAUAUUUUAUAUAUCUGAUUUUACAAGGUAACAAAGUAAAUUUUUAAAUGGUGCUGAUCAUUGAAACUAUUAUUUGCUUUGUUACUUUUACCGCAUUUUUAUUUUAUACAUAUCCUAGCCGAUGAUUGUUAAUAAACAGCCAAUGGUGUAAUUGAACGUUGAUUGAGAAUAAAUGUAGAUCAACUUUUGAAAUUUAAAUUAAUUAAAUUAUGUUGCAUUAAGUUUACUUAAAUCUAAGCACGAAUCGAAGUAUCAUAAUAUGCUACCUCAGUUGCCUUAUUCCUAUUGCACCAUUGUAUAUCGUUAAAUGAACCAGUUAUUAUGAAAGUGGCUAAGGCACGGAAUCAAAAAUAUUGAGUUGAAAAUAAAACAAGUUGCCGUGAAGUAAGUAAUAAAAUGAAGUUGUCAUAUUUAUUGUUAUCUGCUGCAUACUUUGGUAGUGGUGUUAGUCAUUUUCCCCCCAUGCAUGAUAUUAGAAAUAUAUAAAAAGAAGAGAAAAAUAUAUGACUUGGGCCACUCUUAUAAUAACUGGCACAAAUAUAAAUGACCAAUCUCGUAUCUUUUUUAAUUAAAGACAUUUAUAUCUUAUA